ACGUCACCAACCCCAGACACCCGGACAGCGCCGGGGCCGAGGGGACGAUGGAGAAUUUCACCGCGCUGUUCGGAACUCAGGCUGACCCACCACCGCCCCCUACCGCGCUUGGCUUCGGACCAGGAAAGCCUCCACCUCCACCUCCACCUCCCCCGGGCGGGGGACCCACUACGGCCCCGGCUUCCGCCUCGGCCACGGCCCCUCCAGGCGCCGACAAAUCGACGGCUGGCUGUGGUCCCUUCUACCUGAUGCGGGAGCUGCCAGGGAGCACAGAGCUGACGGGCAGCACCAAUCUGAUCACACACUACAACCUGGAAGCCACCUACAGCAAAUUCUGUGGGAAGAAAGUGAAAGAGAAGCUGAGUAACUUCCUGCCUGACCUGCCAGGGAUGAUUGAUCUGCCUGGUUCCCACGAUAACAGCAGCCUGCGCUCCCUCAUUGAGAAGCCCCCUAUCCUUAGUGGUUCAUUUAAUCCUAUCACAGGGACCAUGCUGGCUGGCUUCCGCCUCCAUACUGGUCCGUUGCCAGAGCAGUGUCGUCUGAUGCACAUUCAGCCACCCAAGAAGAAGAAUAAACACAAAUACAAACAGAGCCGCACUCAGGAUCCCGUCCCCCCAGAAACACCAUCUGAUUCAGAUCACAAGAAGAAGAAAAAGAAAAAAGAAGAAGAUCCUGACAGGAAAAGGAAGAAGAAAGAAAAGAAGAAAAAGAAGAGCCGACACAGUCCAGACCACCCAGGUAUGGGCAGCUCUCAGGCCAGCAGCAGUAGCAGCCUGCGCUAACAGGACUGCUGGACCGUCCUGGAAGGACUUUCUGCUACACUGAACCUCCUGGCAAAAGCUGCCUUCCAGGCUCUUGGGCUGCCUUUGGGAGCAUCCCCUGCUGCUGGGCCAGAAGCCAGCUCCUACUGAACUUCAGUCAAGAUCGAUCCAUUGUAAGCAGGGCCGUACUUUUUGUAAGCUUCGGCCCAGUUGACUUUCUCAUGGACAUCUGUUCCCCUCCUUCUGUUCAUCACUUCUGUGCAAUUUCUCUGAUUUGGGAUUUUAAUGUUAGGUUUCUCUUUAAAAAGAAAAAAAAAAUUUUGUUUCUGUCUUACAUUUAUCAAACUGGCUUAAGUCUGGCACCUGUUAAAAGGUAAGUGCCUUUCUUUGAGUUAGGGUUUAAACCAAGUGAGGAUAAAAUGUGAAGGGCUUUGGGUCUUGUUAGCUCCUUAGCAGGCAGGGAAACAACCAAAAUAAGAUCAGAGAGCACAGCCUGAUGCUGAGAAAGAACUGAGUACCUGGAUGACCUCGGCUUCCAUCUAAGGAGCUGCAGGGGGCAAGUAUCUUCUAGGUCAGCUCUGUAUUGAAACAAUAGCUGGCUCAAAAGAAUCCACGGUCACCAGUGAAUUUCACAGUCAAGCUUGAUUGUGUUUGUUUUUUAAAUAAACCUCUGAGGAGCAAAAGUAAA